CAACAGCCGUGUGUGAUGUCCUCCGUUUCGUGUAGCACUGACGACCGUGGCUUCGUAUGCAGUGUUUCUGUCUGCUCUCUUUUUGUGCGCUUUUCGCGAAUUGCGCUGAGCGCCUGUUUUCCUAAACCCAGUUCGUCGUUGAAAGGGUUAAUUUAGUGGUUGCCAGAAGAGCACCGAAAUGUAAUCGACUACGUAAUGCAGAACUCGGGGAGAGUCGGGUGGAGUUACAGCAAAGUCUGGCAACCCGGGUUUAACUCUUUCCUGCGCGCCGCCGUGGAAGCGUCUCGGCGCAGUCUCAGCGCAGUCUCAGCGCUACACGUCUGUGGGCGUGAAGUUUUCGGAGCGCCGCUUGUCCCAGAGGUGCGGGGAGGGGGGGGGGGGUCGUCACGUCUACCCUCCCACGCGAAAAAGUUAAUGUAAACCUUUGUUUGGAGUGUCUCCUGCGCGCGGGACAGCGCCUGCUUUCUCUCUUUCGUUCCCCAGCCCCCAGCCAGCAGGCAUCUCAUCUGCGGUGCCGCGGCUCUCUCCCUCCGCAGCUGAGCUCCUCCGACCUCGGCUCGGAAACACUUGACUUGCUGGAAUUGGAAAAACUUGCCAUGUCCGUUCCGGGCGCGCAGGACUACUUCAGAUCCGCGAGCAACGAGUCGUCCGCCUACAUGGUGGUGCCUACGAACGCGCGGCGCGACGCGCCUUCGCGCCUCUGGGUCGCCAUGGUGCUCAUCGCGGUGGUCGUGCUGCAGGUCGCGUGCACCACCGGCCUCUUCCUCUACCUGAACGCGUCCGUGUCCCAGGUGAAGAGCCAGGGUAUGGCGGAGGAGCUCCGUUGCUUGGGCCUGCUCAACGCACUGGACAAGGACCAGGAGAUCCCUCUGGACCUGGCGCCGCUGCUCGGGGAGACCUGCGUGAGGCUGGCUGAGGGCAUCCGGGCAUACAUCUCCAAGGUGACCGAGAGCGUGAUCUCGAAGCAGGCGUUUCAAGAGGCCAGAACCAUGCCUCGAACCUUUAACACGACGGGAUCAAAGUUCAUCGCCUCCGCGGCACAAAGGCCGUCCGCCCACCUCACGCUCCGAGACAGCCAGCAGGGGUCCUCCCCUCAAAUUCAGACCCCUCAGGUGGACCUCCACCAAUCAUGCCGCCACCCGCUGCGCUCCUGGGGGAACCAGAGUUUCGGCGCACACCUGCACAACAUGACCCUGUCCAACGGGCGCCUGCGCGUUCCCCAGGACGGCCGCUACUACCUGUACUCGCAGGUGUACUUCCGGUACCCGACUCCCGCCGACGGCGACCAGCGCUCCGUCAGCCAUCAGCUGGUCCAGUGCGUCUACAAGAAGACCUCCUAUUUACGCCCCAUUCAGCUGCUGAAGGGCGUCGGCACAAAAUGCUGGGCCCCGGAUGCCGAGUACGCCCUGCACUCCGUCCACCAGGGGGGGCUCUUCGAGCUGCGGGCCGGCGACGAGGUCUUCGUCUCCGUCUCGUCCCCCACCAUGGUGCACGCGGACGACUCCUCCAGCUACUUCGGUGCCUUCCGUCUCGACCUCUGAGCUCCGACGGGGGAAAGGGGGGGUGACGGGCGCUCAGAGGUCGGCGCAAAGCCAUGUGUGCCGCUGCCUAUGGAGGGCGAAGGGGACAUUUUUAUUGCUUUUCUUCUCGAUCCGAACAGAAGCUGUGUGCAUGUGAAGGAAAAAGAGACCAAAGAAUGUAGCGUUGAUGUCGGCCCACGGGCCGAGUGUGACACUGUAGCAAAGAGACUGCCGGUUGAGGCCCGGUGCUGGUUCAUCUCAACCGUGGACCGGUGCCGGAGUGAAACUGGACACAACGCCCUGCGGAGGAGCGUGAGAAGGUGGAAGAGGAGGAGGAGGAGGAGGAGGCCGCAGCUAGGUAGCCGACAGGAUCUCGUGGCAGCGAGAGCGCGAGGAAUGCGGUAAGGUCCAGCAGAGCGAGGUGAAGUAUGCGGCUCUGCCGGUCUCUCUCGUGGCAUCUGCAUUCCAGUGCUGUCCGCUCCAGCGAUACACACACGCACACUGCCUGGAGCCUGAGGACACCCAACACCUGAAACCAGGGACGGGUCCGUUUCCCUCGCCGCCUCCCGAAGAGCUGAGUUCCGAACUUUCCGCAGUGGAUUUCGGGGUUCAGGGGCCCGGCAGCGUUUCCGGUGGCAGGGAGACGGCGGUGGGGGGAGGGGUCUCUGGGCGCGGGGGUUAGGUGGUGGCCGCCGCUUCAAAAUAAACGGACUCGCCGAAGCCUCGAAGGCCCGCUCCUCGUACGGGAGCUUAGCCGGAGUUUGCGAAAGCUUCUGCCCUAACUCUGGCUAAGCUCCGAAAAGACGCACCACUUUGAGCGGAGAACGCAGCGCUUGUGGGGAAUUCGCUGCUGUCCCCUCCCCCCCCUUUUGCGUGCGGGAUAAGUGUAUGUAAAUAUACAGAUGUGCUCGAGUCUUUGCUAAAGCCUAAAACGCUUUUGGUGACCCGCUGCUGACAAAUUGGCUUGGAAUAGAAAAAAAUGUUUAAUUUUUUUUAUUGCAAAACCUUCCACUUCAUAAUCAAGGCUGCGUAUCUGCAUUACCCAGAACCCCUUGCAGUCACCGUAAACCUGGGGCGAAGGUGCCCUGCGCUGGAAUCACUGCAGCGCGUGGGAGGGACUAAUAAGGAAGUGGAACCUGAAACCAGAGCUUUGGGAAACUCCACGUCCAGGAAUGAUAAGCUGGGUGGUGCUGAGGUGAGGGCCCUCGAGGUGCUUCCACACCUGGGCACCUCUCCCUUCUGCAGACAAAAGCAGGGAGUAUUCCUGCCCCUGCGGGCGGCGCAGAAUUCGCCUCCCUCUUAUCAAGUCCCAACGGGAAAAGAAAGUGGUUGCGCCAUCGCUGUGAGGUGUGUGUGUGUG